UGGAAACAGGAGUGGGCAUCCGCUGCGCCGCACGAAGAAGAAACUUAGAGGAAAGAUGCACGAAGUGGAGGAUGGCAGCGAAGCAAACUCCUGCACAGCUUCCCGCAUUUUGGCCUUCAAGUCUGUGGAUGUGGCCGAUGUCGAGGCCGCGAAGGAGCAGGCCUCCAAGCUGUGCGGGUACUUGAACAAACUGUCCGGCAAGGGGCCUCUCAGGGGGUACAAGCCGAGGUGGUUCGUGUAUGAUCCAAGGAAAUGUUAUUUGUAUUACUUUAAGACUCCCCAAGAUGCAUUGCCACUCGGGCACAUCGAAAUAGGCGAUGCGUGCUUCAACUACGAUGCGGAGGGGGAAGAGGGUCAGUUUGAGAUCCGCACGGAUGGGAAGGAGUUUCUCCUCAAGGCCCCAAGCAAGCAGGUGAUGCAUUACUGGCUCCAGCAGUUACAGCAGAAACGUUGGGAGUACAGCAACACACGAGGCUCUGGUCAGAGAGACAGCUGGAGCUCCCCAACCCUGGCCUACCCUCCCACCGGCCUCGUAGGCAAAGACAAUGACACGUUUGUCUUUGAGAAGCUAAGUGACAGCAUGGAGAAGGUCCGCAGCGACUUUGCCAUGGAGACAGAAACAGAUGGCGGGGGAAUGGUGGGGAUUCAGUCAGCCAGAGGGCCUGCUGCUGCGUCCACAAACCCCCUCAACUUCUCACUCAGAACCUUUGGUACAGAACUCAGGAACUCCAUGUCUUAUCUGCGGCCGGGGAGAGGAGGUGAGAGCAGACGCAGUGUGUUUUACACAAACAACAACAGCAGUGCAGAGGAGUGGGAGCUUGUGGAUGCUCCACCCAAGGACUUCCCUGAACAGAAACAUCCAGACACACACAGACAUUCCUUUGGGUCAGCGUUUACUUUCGACUUCGUGCGCAACUCAUCACGGCCAAAGAAGCCAUUGCUUCGAGACAUGAUGGGCUCUGGGAGGUCUGGGCGCAAUGCUGAGACACGCAGUACCGAGAGUGCUCCAGUGGAAUGUAACGACAGCAAACCUUUGGAGAUGCAGCUUCGCCUCCAGAGCCAACAGGAGGAGUUGAGCCGCAUGCAGCAGGAACAGGCUAAACUCAGAGAAGAGCUGUCGAGUCAGAAGGAGCUGGUGAGACUUUUGCAGCAGACUCUGAGAACCUCCCAGUGCGAUAGACUGCCAGUGUGCCGUCAAGCCGCGGCUCCAGAUUCAUCUGCAGCUUCAGAUCAGACUGAAGGUUCAGCAGUAACCCAGGGAGAGACAGCCCAGCUAGAGGCCCUGCUUCGGGAAAGAGAUGGACAGAUCCAGUCCUUGUGCGGCCACAUGGAGCGUCUCGCCUUGGAGAAAGAGAGCCUGCAACAAGAGCUGAAGGGCCUGAAAAUAAAGGUGGGGGAGAUAAAUGACCAGCUGGGGAUGCUGAUGGAGACCAUCCAGGCCAAGGAUGAAGUCAUAAUCAAGCUGUCACAGCAGAGUUCGGAGCAGAGCGGCAAUUCAAGUGAUGCCGGUUCACCACCUCUCAACAAAGAUCAGCAGGAACUGGACAUCCUCAAGGACAGUCUUCAAGGAUACAAAUCCCAGAAUAAGUUCCUGAACAAAGAGAUCCUGGAGCUGACGGUAUUACGCAGAAACGCAGAAAAUAGAGAAAAGGCUUUAGAAGCAAAGUACACAGCUCUGGAGGCCAAGUUGUGUCAGGUGGAGAGUAAGUAUCUGGUACUGCUUCAAGAAGUGAAAACCCCGGUGUGUUCAUCAGAGCAGAGCCCAGCCCGCGAGGUCAUUUCCAGGUUAUUGGAGGAUGCACUGCAGGCAGAGAGCCCUGACCAGCAGGGGCACCCCAUCUUUAAACCAAAUAGUGUCAGUGAGUAUGACGUGUUUGGCUUCAAGACGGUCCCUGAGGAGGAGGAAGAGGAGGAGAAGCUGGUUGCCAAGGUGAGAGCUCUGGAGCUGAAGUCCCUAUCCAUGACAGAUCAGGAGGUGUCCGUCGGUGUUAAGUGGGAGAACUAUCUGGCCAGCACCAUGAACAGAGACCUGGUGCGCUCCCCUGAGCUCAAAGCCCUGAUUCGCAGUGGUGUGCCCCAUGAGCACCGGUCAAAGGUGUGGCGCUGGUGUGUCUCCUUCCAUGUCAAGAAGUUUCGGGACCACUUGCCGCCCGACUAUUAUGAGACCUUACUAAAUGUGGCCCGGGAGAAGCCCAACCCAGCCUCGAAGCAGAUCGAGCUGGACUUGCUGCGUACUUUGCCCAACAACAAACACUAUGCUUCCCCAAGUGCAGGUGGCAUCCAGAAACUCAGGAACGUUCUGGUGGCUUUCUCCUGGAGGAAUCCAGAUAUCGGCUACUGCCAAGGGCUGAACAGGCUGGCAGCUAUUGCCUUGCUCUAUCUGGACGAAGAGGAUGCCUUCUGGACCCUUAUAGCCAUUGUGGAGGUCUUCAUGCCAAGAGACUAUUACACCAAGACUCUGCUUGGCUCACAGGUUGACCAGCGUGUGUUCAAGGACCUGAUGAGUGAGAAGCUGCCCCGGCUUCAUGCCCACUUUGAGCAGUACAAGGUAGACUUCUCCCUCAUCACCUUUAACUGGUUCCUGGUGGUGUUUGUGGACAGUGUGAUGAGCGACAUCCUCUUCAAGAUCUGGGAUGCCUUUCUGUAUGAAGGUCCCAAGAUCAUAUUUCGCUUCGCCCUUGCACUCUUCAAAUACAAAGAGGAGGAGUUUUUGAAGUUGCAGGAUUCCACAACCAUCUUUAAAUAUCUUAGAUACUUCACACGCACAAUCCUGGAUUCAAGGAAGCUGAUGAACAUUGCUUUUGUGGACAUGAACCCAUUUCCCAUGCGUCAAAUCCAGAACCGCCGCUCCUUCCACCUGGAGAAAGUCCGUCUAGAGCUGACCGAGCUGGAGGCGAUCAGACAGACCUUCCUCAGGGAAAGAGAGACAAGUCAGGACAGACGGAGCUUUGCCAGCGAUGAUGAGGAGGAUAACUGACCUUAAGCUUGUCACAUUUGCCGGCCUUAUGGCUGAACUGUGAAGACAAAGAGAACAUCUCUGCACACCUACCGACAUGUUGCAGAUGUAAAGGGAUUUUUCCUCAAGAAUUGUCAUAGUUGGUCUCCGAAUCAGGGCCGGACCAAUCAACUUUCUGUACACUUUUAGUAAAAUUGUAUCAAAGACCAAAAUAUUACAUGCCGAAUGGGCUUUCUAUCAGUAUUCCUGCCAUUUAUUUUUUGUAAAUGCCUUAUUUGUUGAAUGCUUGUGUGUUUAUGUGACAGCAAAAACAACGCGCUUUGUCCACGGUUCUUCAACCUUCAGUGCUAAACUACACUCAACGCAGUCCGAAUCAGUAUAUUUUAUUUUUUUUAGAACAUGGCUGAGAUCUUUUAAUAGUUGGCAAUUUUAUGUCUGUUGAAGGAAUGAAUGUAUUUCUUUUAUACUCUUGUUUUCAUCAGAAUUCAGAUUAAGUUUUGGUUUGCUUUCUCUGGCUUCACUUCCUUUCAGAAAUGUCUUAAAAAUGUUUACCAAAAUUUUUUCUAUAUUUUUCACAUUGCCACUCAUCAACACAUCUUUUGUGUUUGAUCUCUGUGUCUCUUGAUGCACUUGAAUCACUUACGCUGAAAUUCAAACUCUGCUGGAGCUUAAAAUUUAAGCCUUUGGAGCCUUCUGAUCACUAGGUCGUUCCAAAACCGUAUUCCAGCCUGUAGGGGUUCAAAAUGAAUACACACAACGAUUUACCAUUCAGAUCAAAUAGACACACCAAUUGAGCCCUGAUACUGUCAGUCACUUUUUAAAUUGUUAAGUUAUUUUAGCACCACUUUAUUACUCUUACCUUUUCCAAAACGUAUGUCUAAAAAGCUCAAACUGUUUUGUACCUAUGUUUGUAAACCAAAAGAAAAAAUUGCCACUGGAUUUGGUUAGGAGAGUGUUUGAAAUUGGCACUGACGUCAAACCCCAUGUCAGUGGAUCACAAAUUACCUCAUUAUCUGACUAUUUUAUUACAACUAUUAUAAAAUCUGUGUAUUAAGAUAUUUUGAUUUGCCUUAUAAAUACCCUGCCUAGGAGUGCUGCUCUUAAGUGUAAUAUUUUUGUUUUAGUAACAUCUGAAUUUUCCAAACAUUAGUUGGGAUUGUUAGGUGUUCAUUGGAUUCAGUUUCCCCCUGACCAAAACCUGUUUUGCAAGAUAAACGGUACAUGGAUAAUGCUGGUAUUCCUGUUCUGAGUCGUCUGAAAAUGCUGAUGUAUUUGCGUCCAUUGUCCUCAGUGUGGCAGCAUUUGUCUGCCCAGUGUUCAUGCUAGUUCCAUACAGUCUAUGGCUAGUUCACAUAUACCUUCCACACAGCAUGGUUUUAACGUUUAUUAUACUGAGAAGUCAGUGCGGGGACAUGAUUGUUGACGAAAUUGGAAAUGUGAUUUUUUGUGACAUGUCGCAAAAUAUUUCAAUCUUCCACAUCCAGGUACUUACAGAUGACUGUUUAAUCUUUAUAGAUUUCCACACAUCAACAAUAGCUUAGAAAGAAACCACGUUUAGAUUUGGUCGAUCAGUGUAAAACCGUUGUUUAAAUGGGAAUCUGGGAGUUUUUCACAUUUAGCCCCUUCUCUUGCGUUGCUGAUAAUAUUGUUUACAGUUUGUUAUAACUUUUAAUUUCCUUAACUUUAAGCUGUUUACAGAAAUGGCAUUGUUAAUUACAGAAUUGACUGCCUUUUCUUUGCUUGUCAGGCACGGUAGAAUAACGUUUGGUUGGUCCACCUGACCCGUGGUUGUUUUGAUGUUGGAAAUGUGAAUGGGAAAAAAAAUGAAACUGAAUUAUUUUUUCUUCAUGGGAGCAGGUCUCUCUAGAGAUCAAAAUUGUCAAGCUUGAUCGGUUGAAGAUAAAAAGUUUUCUUUGGUCCACUCAUUUUGUCAAAGGGCUCAUAUAGUAGUUUUUAGUGUUGACUUAUCAUAUUUCAAUACACAACUUCUGUUCUAUGGCUAUUUUGCAUAAAUAUUUUUUUUUUUUUUUGUCAGAUUAAUUUUCACAUUGAGUAAGCUACAGUUAAUGUUAUCGUCUUUUCUUUGUCUUUUUCUCUUUCCUUCUUUUGCUUUUUUCUAGCAAUGUAUUGCACAAGUCUAGGUAGAACAUGACUUCAGAAUAUUAUUGGGCACUUCACUGUAUUGUACGUAAAUCUCUAUGGUAUAUUGUUCAUUGUUAAUCUGUAUCAUUUAACGAUGAAAAAUGCAACGCUUUUAUGUUACAGAAGUACACGCCACUAUGUGUUUUUUUUUUUUCAGUUCAGUACAAAAAUUAAAUAAACCGUUGCUGACUGUU